ACGCUUCUAUUUUGAAAACCGACACGCAAAAUGAAGCAGUCACGUGACCCAUGCAAUGCGAGGCCUCGUUUGUUGCCAGUCACGUGGUUUUCAGCAAGACGACACAAGCCUCGAAUCGGGGCUUCAUCGGACACGCCCCCUUAUUACUCGGUACAAGCCUCGAAGCCUGGAUUCAGAUAGACCAUCACUACUAUUUUCUAAUAUGUCCUGUGACUCCUCCUAUUUUUAACUCAGUCCAUCACAUGUGGUGUCAGAAGUGAGGAUUUUGAAUUGAGGAGACAGGAUUUUUUUUUUUCUCUUUUUGUUUUUGUGAGUAAUAUUUUUCUACCCCCUCCAACAAGUUUUUUGAGCCAUGCAGAAUGGUGUGCGUCCAAGAAAAGGAAACAAAGUUGAGACCAAAGAGGCUUCCCAACAGUCAGAGAGGGAGGAAAUUGAAGGAGGAGCUUCAGCAGCAGCUGGAGACACUGAGCAUGAUGAGACCAGAGAGCCAACUCUACGUGAUAUUGCUGGAAUUCUUCAGACGUUCAUGGGACAACAGGAAGUUCGGGAGAAAAAGCAGAGAGAGGUUUCUGCACAACAAGAACAGCGCUUCAAGUAUUUGCAACACCAGUUUCGGCUUUUGCAGAUGGAAGUGCAUGCCAGGACAGCCCCAGCCCCUGAGCCCACAUUAACUGAUCCACAGCCUGUUGAAAAUCAAGCUGAUUAUCAGAUUCAAGCAACAUCUCAACCUGAGGAUUCAGAUUCAGCUUCCAGUUCAAUAGGUCAGUCUGUGCACAUUCAUCAUCCUAAAUUGGAAAAAUUAACUGUUGAAGAUGAUAUUGAACACUUUCUGACCACUUUUGAGAGAAUUGCAGCUGCUUAUCGUUGGCCAAAGUCAGACUGGAUUUUUCAACUCAUUCCUCUUCUGACGGGUAAGGCUCGCAGUGCCUAUGUUAACAUGGAUGUGGAUGAUUCCCUGGAAUAUGAAAAGGUAAAAGCUGCCAUUUUACAAAAAUAUGAUAUAAAUCCAGAAACUUACCGACAAAGAUUUCGCUGCCUUGAUAGUCUUGAUGAGAGUCCAAAAGAAUUGUAUUCAAGACUCAAAGAACUUUAUGAGAAGUGGAUUCAGCCUAAAGACAAAACUGUGAAGCAAGUUGGUGAACUGAUUAUGCUGGAACAAUUUUUGAGAAUGUUGUGUCCUGAGCUUCAGGUCUGGAUCAAGGAGCACGAUCCUAAGUCUGCUACUCUGGCGGAUGUGUUUGUAGCUGCCAGAAGUAGGAGUCAGCCAUGGAGCAACAGUGCAUGGAGAGCUGCCAAAGACUCACGUCGGUUACAACCCUCUCAGCCCCAUCAAAAGUUAGCAGUGAGUGUGGGUAAGCCUUUUUUAAAGGAAAAUCAGUCUUCUAAGACAGGAAAAAGACCACCAGUGUGUUACCUCUGUGGACAAGAAGGUCACACCAAGCCCAUGUGCCCCAAGAAUCAAAGUAAGCUAACUCAAAUGUGUUUUGUGCCUCAUCAGAAUAUGGAUACUAAAACUGAAAUAAAGCAGUCAAAUAAAACCAUUCUAGUGAAGAUUGAUGGACAUGAAAUGAAUGCUUUAAUAGAUACUGGCAGCACACAGACUCUAGUGCACAAGAACCAUGUACCAACUAAUUGUAUAUGCCCUUCUGAAACAAUAUCAGUUUGCUGUGUACAUGGUGAUGAGAAAUCAUACCCCACUGCUGAUAUGUUUAUUGAGGUGCAGGGGGCUCCCUAUUUGUUGAAGGUUGGGGUAGCUGAUAACCUACCCUAUCCUGUAGUUCUCGGGGAGGAUCUGCCUAUUAUUUAUGAUUUGUUGAGGGAUGUGCAGAGCUGUAAUGUGGCUGUAACCAGGGCCCAAGCUAAAAAUCAAGAUGAGCAUUUUGCUACACUCAGUGCUUUACCUUUUUUCAAUGCUGAAUUGCAGACAGAACCUGGGAAAUCUCGGAAGCCACGCAGUCAAAAAAGGCGUGAGAAAUUUCAACAUGCACUGGGUGAGACUUCAGUUGAAGUGGCUCCAGAUAUGCCACUGGGUUUUUCAAUACCCACAAACAUCAGAGAAAUGCAGCAGAAUGAUCCAACUUUGUCUGUCCUGUUGCUGAAGGCUAGGAGGGUGGCCUCUGUAGGAUCUGACACAAACAAAGAGCCGUAUAUACUGCAAGAUGGCAUUUUAUACCAUCAACAUGGCCAGUUUAAGCAGUUAGUUGUCCCUAAGAAGGCUCGUGAGACAGUGCUGACUUUAGGACACUCUAUUCCCUGGGCUGGCCACCUUGGGAAGUAUAAGACCACUGCUCGUAUUAAGCGGUACUUUUUCUGGCCUGGUUUAAGAUCAGAUGUUGCUUUAUUUUGCAGAAGCUGCCCCGAGUGUCAGAAAACCUCAAUUAGAGUCCCCACCAAAGCACCACGUCAACCCCUCCCCAUCAUUGGCACACCUUUUCUACGUCUUGGGAUGGACAUAGUUGGCCCGGUGGAAAAAAGUAAAUCUGGAAAUCGCUUUAUGCUGGUCAUUACGGACUAUGCGACCAGAUAUCCUGAAGUUUUUCCAUUAAAGACUGUUAAAGCAAAACAUGUGGCUUCUUCACUGAUUCAACUUUUCUCAAGGGUUGGAUUUCCACAGGAGAUUUUAACUGAUCAAGGCACUAAUUUUAUGUCCACACUGUUGAAACAGGUCUAUAAGCUGUUGGGCAUCAGGAGCAUGAGGACAACACCAUACCACCCACAGACGGAUGGCCUGACGGAGCGUUUUAACCAAACCCUCAAACAAAUGCUUCGUAAGUUUGUUAACGAUACAGGCUCUGAUUGGGAUCAGUGGCUGCCAUACCUCCUUUUUGCUUAUAGGGAGGUUCCUCAGGCUUCCACAGGUUUCUCCCCAUUUGAGCUCCUUUAUGGCCAUGAUGUGAGGGGCCCUCUGACCCUGCUGAGAGAUGUAUGGGAUGGAGAUCAAAGUAUAGAUCCUGUUAAUAUUAUCUCAUUUGUUCUCCAUAUGAGGGAUAAACUGCAGCAGAUGAGUGAGUUGGCUCAGAGUCACAUGGAAACUGCACAGAAACACCAAAAGGUUUGGUUUGAUAAAAAAGCUCGCCACAGAAGUUUUGUUCCUGGUCAGAAGGUUUUAGUUAUGUUGCCAACUUCUGACAGUAAGUUGCUUGCAAAGUGGCAGGGACCCUUUGAAGUACUGAGGAAAAUUGGACCUACUACCUACCAAGUCUCCACACCAGGUUUCCACAGAGGGAGUCGAGUGCUCCAUGUUAAUCUUCUCAAAGAGUGGGUUCCACGGAAGGAGAAUGAAACAGAAGUGUUGCUUAUUCACAGAGUGGAUGAGGAGGAAGAAGUCAAUGAUUAUUUGCCUUCAGUAACAUCCUCUGUUGCUCACUGGUGAGAUGGCUUAGGUCCAACACAGUCUGAGGUAACACCUCUUAUUACUUCUGACAUAUUUCAAGAGUGCCCAGGCCGCACCACUCUGGUGGAGCACAGCAUUGUUCUAAAAUCGGAUGCUGUUAUAAAGCGUAUGAGUUACAGGAUACCAGAACGCUUUCGGGUGGAGCUGAAGGAGGAGAUGGACCUCAUGCUGUCAUUAGGAAUCAUUCAAGCUUCAACAAGUGAGUGGUGCAACCCAGUGGUUUUGGUUCCGAAAAAGGAUGGCAAAAUAAGAUUUUGCAUCGACUUCAGGUACCUCAAUUCCAUAUCAAAAUUUGACUCUUACCCGAUGCCACGUAUUGAUGACCUCAUUGAACACCUGGGGAAAGCAAGAUAUUUAACAACUAUUGAUCUGUCUAAAGGCUACUGGCAGGUGCCUCUCACCAAACAAUCCCAGGAGCUGACAGCAUUCCGCACCCCUUGGGGAUUGUUCGAGUUCACAGUCCUGCCAUUUGGUCUGCAUGGGGCCCCAGCAACAUUUCAAAGACUAAUGGAUCAGGUACUCUGUGGGCUCUCAGCAUUUACCUGUGCAUACCUUGAUGAUGUUGUGGUUUUCAGUGGAACUUGGGAAGAGCAUGUUGACCAUCUAAAGAAGGUCCUGGAUCGGCUGCGUUCGGCAGGC